GGGACAGAGGGAGGGAGGAAGAGUGAGCCGGCAGCUGAGACAGCCCGAGCAGGAAACAGGAGACCGCGAGCGGCGGGGCGUGCGCUCUGCAGAAGCCGGUUCUAAAAACAGCCCUCUCCUAAUAAAGCGAUGGAGCGCCCGGCCUCUCGGUAAUACUCGCGGGCCCCAGACCGUCAGCCCCGGCGGGCCGCCCCGAGAGCUCGGCCGCAGCUGACCGCAGAGGACAGCCACCCAGAGCCGCUCUUGCCCCUGCAGCAAGAAGGGGACUGCCCUGCCAGGUGCAGAAAGGAAGAGGUUGGCAGAGAGAAAGAGGGAGAGAAAUCCUUCCUGCGGAUGCCACAAGAUGCCUCGGGUAGAAGUAGACAUGAAACUGGACUUUAAAGAUGUCUUGCUCAGACCUAAGCGAAGCAGCCUCAAAAGCCGAGCCGAGGUAGAUCUUAGACGCAGCUUCACAUUUCGCCACUCCAAGCAGACCUACUCAGGGAUCCCUAUCAUUGUGUCCAAUAUGGAUACGGUUGGUACAUUCGAGAUGGCAGUGGUGAUGACUCAGCAUGCCCUGUUCACAGCAAUUCACAAGCAUUACACCCUGGAGGACUGGAAGCUGUUUGCCACAAAUCACCCAGAAUGCCUGGAGCAUGUAGCUGUGAGCUCAGGCAGCGGACAGAGUGACCUGGACAGGAUGAGCAGUAUCCUGGAGGCUGUGCCACAGAUUAGGUACAUUUGUCUGGACGUGGCCAACGGAUAUUCCGAGCACUUUGUGGAAUUUGUGAAGCUUGUCCGAGCCAAAUUCCCAGAACACACAAUUAUGGCAGGUAAUGUGGUGACUGGCGAGAUGGUGGAGGAACUUAUUCUUUCUGGAGCAGACAUCAUCAAAGUGGGAAUUGGACCAGGCUCUGUGUGUACCACCCGGAUCAAGACCGGUGUGGGCUAUCCUCAGCUGAGUGCGGUUAUCGAAUGUGCUGAUUCUGCCCACGGCCUCAAGGGGCAUAUUAUUUCAGACGGAGGCUGCACUUGUCCAGGAGAUGUCGCCAAAGCAUUUGGAGCCGGUGCUGAUUUCGUCAUGCUGGCAGGGAUGUUCUCGGGUCACACAGAAUGUGCUGGUGAAGUAAUUGAGAGGAAUGGUCAAAAAGUAAAGCUCUUCUAUGGGAUGAGUUCUGAAACAGCAAUGAAGAAACACGCUGGACAAGUUGCUGAAUACAGGGCCUCAGAAGGCAAAACUGUGGAAGUGCCUUUCAAAGGAAAUGUGGAAAACACUAUCCUGGAUAUCCUGGGGGGCCUGAGGUCCACCUGCACCUAUGUGGGUGCCGCCAAACUCAAAGAGCUCAAUCGGAGGACGACAUUUAUCCGGGUUACCCAGCAGCACAACUCGGUCUUUAGCUAACCUGGGGGACUGAAACCCCAUUCAACUAGAGUGGAAGCUUUGACAUGCACCCGCUUUGCCCACAAUCUCCCUUCUUGUCUUGUGUAAGACCUUCCUGGCUCCUCAUGAUGGAAGAUGCCUUCUCUGAGCAGCAGGAGGGCCUCGGGAGCCCAAAACCAGCAUCUCCGGCAGGCAUGUAGCUGGGGAGGGACUUAGCAGCCAAGCCCAGGGCUAUGGUGUAGAGUGUUUGCUGCCUUCAACAAACACUAUCAUUGUUGAAAUCCAUGUGAGACCCUUCCACUUUUUUUUAAAGAAAAUAGUUUUCACUUUAAUAUAAUGUUGUGUCUUCACAAUUGAUGGCUGGAGUCUCCACUUGUCGGAACAAGCCCCAUGGUCACUGUUUGGGGAAUUUUCUGCCUGUCCUCCAGGUGUGGUAACAGUCAAACUAGUAUUUGCUGGUAUUAGUGGUCAGACAGUGCUUCCCUCAUGGUGGCUACUGCCCAGUGGUGGCUGGGCAGGCUCCACAGGGAGGAAAAGAAGAUCCUAGCAAAGCCAGCCAGGUAGAGUAGUGACCUUAGUUCCCAAAAAAGCACCAAGGAAAGAUUGUAAGUAUGAGAACAUGAAACAUAGACUUUCUAAGUGAGCUCUGGGCUACCUAUGGGUUUGGCUCCUUAUUUUUGAUCUGGGAGACCAAGGGUUCAUUACAUGUGCCUUCUAGGGAUGUCAUAACUACAUAUUCAUUGAGCCUAUUACUUGUGGAAGGCUGGGCCGGUGUUGGCUUUCCCUCUUCGGAUUUUUCCCCUUUCUUCCCCACUCCACCCUUUUAUCUAUAAAGAACAUAUGUUUAGUUGUGUGCUCACAUUGAAUGUACUACAGCCUCUUCUUGUAAAGAUCCUAGUGAAAUGUUUGUAAUGAAGAGGCCCACCAUUGCUGGUAAUGGGAGGGGAACUCCCAUUAAUAUAGCUCUUUACCAGAAUGUAAGUUAAGAGACUUCCCUUGGAUAUGGUACUGACUAUUUCUGAUAAUUGGUAACAUGUGACUACUAUGUAAUGAUGGAGUAAUUGACAGAUCACAAUGACAUUUUCCAGGAAGUACAUAUGGUCCCCAGAACAGUUUCACAGGAAGUUAUGGUGACAUGUUAACAGAAUGAACACUGGGUGAAUCAAUGCUUGGCUCCUUGUUUUAAAAAGAGUUACUUGGAUAUCAACACUCUGGGAAGUUUAAGCAACUUAAAGCAGCCUUUGUUUUUGCUAGACACAAGACAAUAUACAGACAUUGAGUCUCCUUAGAAAUGAAUGAGGCUUUUGGGAAAAGAGAGUGUGAACAAACCAGAAGGCUUGCCUGCUGUGAUUUAGGUCAAUGGAAGAGCUCUACCUCUGGGUGCUUGACCAUGCAGAAUAUGAAAUUCAACCUCACCCUCCACUUAAAGGUAUUUGAAAUAUGAGGAAUAGGCUGGAAAAGUUAUAAAUUUUUCCAUGGCCCCAGAGGCACGUAUGUCACCAUUACCUUCAAGUCUAAGUGGAGGCAAUUUUACCCCUUGCCUCUCUCCCAAAUACACGGACAUAGCUAUAGAAAGAUAAAUGUGUAAGUGAGUUACUGUUGGGAAACUGCAACAUCUGGAUAAUGUGGGCGGUAGAUGGGGAUUUGGAAUUGGAAAGAACCUUAGAGAUGGUCUAGUCCAAACCUCUCAUUUUACUGGAGGAAACUAAAGCCCAGAGAGACCAUACCUUGCUCAUAAUCACCCAGCAAAUUAAUGACAGAACCAGGAAAAAGCAAGGUGUGGGCCUAUCCUGGAGAUACCAAAACAUCACUCUUUUAAUACUUCGGUGGGGGGCGUACGCUUUCAACUUCAUGACAAAUGGAUUUCUUUUGCCCUAUUCUCUUUAUAGUUGCUAUUUCUCUUUUGAAAUAAUUAAUUCUAACCACUAGUUGAAGGGAAAUGGGAGGGGGGGCAGUGCUGCUGAUAGGUUUGGGAGAGGCAGAAGAAAAAACAUGAAAGGAAAUUUUUAAAAGUCCCUUUCACCCUUAGCAACAGAUACCUUUUAAUUAUAGCUAAUUUUCUUCCCUUUGCUUUUUCCCCCUCACCCCCAAGGUGAAAGCAUAAUGAGACAGUGGUAAAUCCCACACCUAGAAAGAUAUGGUUCAUUAGCCCAUGACUCUACAUACUUAGGACUAAUUACUGCCUGUUCUGUGGGAUAAUGGGACAGGGUUCUAGAUCUAUCUCAUGCAGGACCUUAUAUUGGGAGUUGGAGGGGACCAGACCCUCUCAUUUUUUCCAAGGGCUAGGGAGAUUGACAUGUCCAAGGUCACAUAAACACUAAGGGGUAGAACUGGGAUUUGAGCUCAGUCCUAUAAACCCAAGUCCUCUACUCUUUCCAGGGCACCCCAUGUGGGAGGCCCCUUUGCUAAUCUUUGUUUUUAAGGAAAUGGAGUCUGGCAGAAAAGCCAAAGUGAUUUUGAUCCAGUGGCCUAAAAACAAGGUAGGAGUCUGAGAACAACAAAGAUUUUUGCAACUAUCCUCUGCUUCCCCAGGAUUGAGAAUAUUCUUUAUUUAGAUUGGGCUUUCCAGGUUAAAUGUGUUUUCAGAGAUGAUAUUUCAUUUGAUCCUUUGAUAACAACAAGUAUAUGGAGCAGGAAGUAUUACCCCCAUUUUUACAGAUGAAGAAACUGAGGGCCAGAUGUUAAAAGUGAUUUGCCUAAUCAUGAAGACCACACAUAUGGUUGGGGGUGAGGGGGACUGAGCCAGGAUUGCAACUUAGGUGAUGGAAACGUAGGAUUGUGGAUUUAAAACUGGAAGGGACCUUGGCAGUCCUCUAGUCCAACACUCAUUUAACAAUAGAGGAGACUAAGACCAGGAGAAAUGAAGGCACUUACCCAAGGUCAAUGGCAAAGCCAGGAUUGGAACCUAGGACGUCUAGCUCUAAAUUUGACAUCCUUUUUACUCUAUCACAACUAGUCUUUGGAUUCUAAGCCUAGAACCCUUUGCAUAGCACUAUGUUGCCUUGAGCACUGGUCCUGGAGUGAAGAAGACUCCUCUUCAUGAGUUCAAAUCCAGCCUUAGACACUUACUAGCUGUGUAACCCUGGGCCAGUCAAUUAACCCUGCUUGCCUCAGUUCCUCAAUCUGUAAAAUGAACUGGAGAAGGAAAUGGCAAACCACUCUAGUAUCUUUGCCAAGAAAACCCCAAAUGGGGUCACGGAGAAUGCGACAGUACUGAAAAAAAGACUGAACAACAAAUGUUGCUUUGGUAGCUCGACUGAGUAGCAGACAGAGGGAAAGGUACCUAAACUGACCCCCAGUUGGCAUUUGUAGCAUCAAUCUGCAGCUGUCAUUUGCCUUGGUGCUGACCGAAUGGACAGAUGACACAUACAUCCUGCAAAGGUUUUUCCAUGUGUGAGUCAGAGGAAAAAGCAGUGAGGCUGCCUUCCUAAAUAAAGACUAGCUGGGAGAUGUUGACACAGUGCUGGGGUUACUCACUUUGCUCAACAACUGUCUUAAAUAAUGUGGCUUCUAAAUACUUCCCAUUGCUUGGACUCAGCUGCUAUCAUUUAUUGUAUUUUCAAAAUCCUCCCCAUGUAGUAGAUUGGCUAAAUGCUCCUAGCCUAGCCAAGCCAAGCCAAGCCAAUAGAGUUGUGUACUAUCAGGGACCCAAAUCUUCCUGUCAGAAUUGCCCUUGGCUAUGUUGUUAAAAUUGGAUUAUCUGCCAAGGAGAGGAGGGCUGAGGUCAGAAAGGUAGGAGCUUGGUCAGAAAGCUUCAGGAGAGGUAGCUAAUUUUAGUGGCUUAUUCAUUUCCGCAUGCCAUCUUCCAGGGGGUGGGAGAUGACCAGCGGUCUUCCUUAGUCCUGGUUGAAAGUGAUCAAGCCUUUACCUUCUGGCAUGUAGGCACCAGUAUUUCUGGGUCACUUGUUCAAAUCUUAAAUCUGAUAAGCAGUGAGGAGUCCAGGGUAGACAUGACAAGUAGAGGAGCGCCAAAAGCUGUUAGCAAUUUCCAGUUAGGCUAAUAGACUGACCUUCCUUCUGUGGCUUAGUUAAAUUUUUGUAUGGGGAUUUUCUGUUGAAAAUUUCCCCUUCCUCUCUCCAAUCUCCACUGGAUGACAUUUAGGGCUGGAAACCUUUAGCAGGCAAGCAAACACCUUAGUGCCAAGGAAACAUAUCUUUCACUAGAAGGAAGCUAAUGAAUGAUCACUUUUGGGUCUCUUUGAGCUUGGCCUACAUGGGCAUUUUUUUUUUUUUUGGAGUGGGGAAGGCAGGGCAAUUGGGUUUAAGUGAAUUGCCCAAGGUCACACAGCCAGUAAGUGUGUCAAGUGUCUGAGGUCACAUUUGAACUCAGGUCCUCCUGACUCCAGGGCUGGUGCUCUACUCACUGCACCACCUAGCUGCCCCUACAUGGGCAAUUUUUAAAACACAUACAUGGAUCAGUCAUCAUUCUCUAUGCACAUUCAUGGUCCAGCAACAUUUUGAGAUGAACAAGUCAUGCUAGUGGGAACCCACAAUGGGAAGUCUAACUACUCAGGCAUUUGUGAUAAGGCACCUGGGCACACACAUUGCAGAUGACAUGAAUGAAUGGAUGACCUCUUUCUCAGAAAUCAGUUUGUAGCAGAACUGUAUACAGUGUAUCUCUCACACCACAUAAGUUCAUGAGCUGCCAAAUGCUUGUUUAAAAGAAAUAUUCUUGCAAAUGGUAUUGUUCAGUUUCUUGAGAAAUAAAAAUGUUUAACUGGAUGAGCCAAGAUGCCAGAUGCA